CCGAGCGGCGCCGUCGGUCUCCAACAUGGCGAUCGCGCAGGAUUUCUCCCACGUAAGCGGUUACGACGAGGCGCCGGCGUUCCUGCGCCAGAACCCCUUCAUCCGAGGAGGCUACCGCGUCUUCUACACUCCCAAGCAAUGCCUGCGGAGCCUGUUCGAAUGGAACAACGAAACCCUGAACAUCUGGACCCACCUGGCUGGUAUGGUCCUCUUCAGCGGCGUUCUAGUGCACGACGUGAGCACCCGUCUCCCGAUAGCCCAGGCCAGCGCGACGGACUCACUCAUCUUGGUGUCCACGUGCUGUGCCUACAUCACCACGCUGUCCCUGUCCGUCCUUUACCACACGUUCAACUGCCAGUCGCGGCGGGCGUACGAGCGUCUACUGCAGUACGACAUCGCGGGUGUCAGUCUGAGCCUCUGGGCAACCUUCGCGUCGGGCGUCUUUCUGGCAUUCGACAACUACCCGUCGCUGAGAGUCAUCUACAUCCUCUUGGAAGGCGUCCUUCUGGUGCUCGCCAUCGCAAAGAAAGGGCAGUACCCCACCAAGCUUCUCGUUGGCCUCGCUGCGUUUGGCGUAGUGCCAACCAUUCACUGGGUGUACCUGGCGCCGUCGAACAUGCCCGUCAUCUGUCCAAGGGUGCUGUUGCUGUUCAUGAGCGCUGCGGCGUCUUUUCUGGUUUUAGAGUGCCGGUUUCCCGAGCGCGCCUGGCCCGGACGCCACGACAUCGUCGGCGCUAGUCACCAGAUCUGGCACGUCCUGGUGGUCUUGAUGACACUCUGGUGGCACGAGACUGCCUUUGAGUUUAUCCGUUGCAAGACCGGACUCUGCUAAGUCGCAUUAGUGGCCGGUGGUCGAUACUCCCCGUUUCGAGGUGAAUCCGACGCCGGAGAAAAUACUACCGUCCGAUGACGCCAAUCAAGCAGCCCCAAAAAGUGCAUCGUCAUGGCGCGCAUCAUCUUCGUGCGUUUGGUAUCACCGACCAAAUCAAUGACGCGCAGUGAAUGCGCAUCGAUCAUGCGCUUUAUUCUGUGCGGGAUUAUUUUAGUCGUUUAUAUGCGGAGCGUAAGUUCAUCUGCUUCUUUUGCAGAAGUUGUGGUGACGUCAGAAUGCCGAGCUCUGAUUGGGUCUGAUGGAAGGAUAGUGGGUAGGCCUCAAAGCAAGCUGCCUUAACGUCUACCCACAAUCCUUCAAUCAGAGUCAUUCAGUACUCGGCGUUCUGGCGUCACCACAACCCCUGCAAAACAAGCAGACAAACUUGCGCUCCACAUAGCAAACCCACAAAGCUAAUGAGCGCUAUGACGAUGCACUUUUUGCACAACAUGAUUGGCUCCAUCGGUACCUCUGGUCGGCUACAGUGAAACGGAGUAUGGACACCUUUUUGCGUAGUUCUCAAAUUUCGAAACACGAAUUCGCUUUCUUGUAAGUAUAAGUUAUAAAUCUUCACUUCGAAAAGAAAAGAAGAAAGUAAUGGAAGGCAUUUGCCUAUUUUUGCGUCUUUUAGUUGCUCUUCAGCUCGACUUUCCAAUAGCAGAGCACACUGAGAGAACCUAGUUGUAAAAUAUGUCUCGAAAAUAAAACGUUAAGGAUUCUUGCAGC